GGUGCCAAUCUCCGGAGGCGAAGGGCGGGGCGGGGCCCGGGGGCGGGGCGGGGCCCGGGGCGGGGCGGUCUCGGAGGAAAACGCCCCCGCCAUCUUUGUUCCGCCAAUCAGUGAGAGCCCCUGCCUUCCGGGGAGCUACAGGAAACAAACCCUGCGGCUGCCCCGAGGAAGCCCUGACUCGGAGCCGGAGCCCGGAGCGCAGCCCCACCUCCCAGCGCCCGGCCCCUCACUGCCCGGGGACACCGCGCCGAGACCAGCGGAGCCGCCGCGAAGGGAGCGGGCGGACCAUGGCCGAGAGCGGCCCUUCCCAGGCCCCGGAGAGCAAGGCCGACGGCCCCUUCCAGGCCCCGAAGCGCCCCCCGUGGCCCCUGGCAACGGCGAUGAAGGCCAUGGAGAAGACCCUCAGCAGCCAAGCCAGCCGUCUCAAGUCCCUGGAAGGGCGCGCGGGAGCCGUGGAGAAGAAGCUGAGCGACUGUGAGAAGUCGGCCGCCGAGUUCGGGAGCCGCCUGGACAGCAAGCGCGCCGCGCUGGAGUCGGUGGUCCAGGAGUACGGGCAGCUCCAGCGGCGGCUGGAGAACAUGGAGAACCUGCUGCGGAACCGCAACUUCUGGAUCCUGCGCCUGCCGCGCGGCCGCCGAGGGGGAGUCCCCCACAUUUGUGAUCCAAGAAUCAAAGGAUAGCAAGAUCCAAGUAAAGUUUGGAUGGAAACCGCCAUCUGCAUCGAGAGAGAAACAUGGAGGCUGAAUGUAAACCAACACGUGCUGUGUUCAUUUUUUUUUCUUUUGCGGUUUUUCCCUUUUAUUCUGAUUUCUCUCUCCCAACAUGAUUCAUGAAGAAAUGUUUUUUUUUUUAGAUGAAUGUACAUGUAUAACCAAAAAAAAAAAAAAAAAGAAAGAAAGCAAUAAAAAUUUUUUUAAA